GCGGCGGCCGGAUGGCUGUGUUGGGUGUCUUCGCGGCGGUCCGUGCGGCGCCCCGGCUGUGGCUGCGGGCGUCGCGGGCAGCCGCGGGGUUCCGGGGCUCCUUCCUUGGUAGGGGCUACUCUGUGGACCCCGCGCAGGUGAGGGCCACUCAGAGCCCACCCACCUUUGGAUUCCUGCUGGACAUCGACGGGGUGCUGGUGCGGGGCCAUCAAGUGAUCUCCGCGGCUCUGGAAGCCUUCCACAGGCUGCUGGACACCCAGGGGCAGCUGCGAGUGCCUGUGGUCUUUGUCACGAAUGCCGGGAACAUCUCACAGCAGGACAAAGCCAAAGAGCUGUCGGCCCUUCUGGGCUUCAAGGUGGACCCGGACCAAGUUAUUCUUUCUCACAGCCCCCUGAAGCUCUUCUUCCAGUACCACCAGAAGCGGAUGCUGGUGUCGGGCCAGGGGCCCCUGGUGGAAAAUGCCCGGGCACUGGGCUUCGAGAAUGUGGUCACUGUGGACGAGCUGCGCCUGGCCUUCCCUGUUCUUGACAUGGUGGAUCUCCAUCGACGGCCAAAGACCACGCCUCAUCCGAGGACCGACUUCCCCACCCUCGAAGGGGUGCUCCUCCUUGGGGAGCCCGUGCGCUGGGAGACGAGCCUGCAGCUGAUCAUGGAUGUGCUUCUCAGCAAUGGGAACCCUGGGACGGGCCUGGCAACAGCACCCUACCCCCAUCUCCCUGUCCUGGCCAGUAACAUGGACCUCCUUUGGAUGGCGGAAGCCAAGAUGCCCAGGUUCGGCCACGGCACCUUCCUGCUGUGCCUGGAGGCCAUCUACCGCAAGGUGACCGGCAGGGAGCUGCGCUACUGCGGCCUGACGGGCAAGCCCAGCAUCCUCACCUACCGGUACGCGGAGGAGCUGAUCCAGCGGCAGGCUGUGAGGCGGGGCUGGGCCGUGCCCAUCCAGAAGCUGUACAGCGUGGGGGACAACCCCAUGUCGGACAUCUACGGUGCCAACCUGUUCCACCAGCACCUGCAGACGGCCCAGCAGGUGGGCGCGGAGUCGCCGCUGGAUGCGCAGAGCUGCACCUCCAUCCUGGUGUGCACUGGUGUGUACAGCCCCUCGGCGCCGGGGCCAUCAGAGCAGCCCCCUUUCCACGGGCACCGGGACUUCGGCCUCAGCCCAGGGCUCCUGGAGGCGACCCAUGUCGUGAGCGAUGUGGACGAGGCUGUGCGGCUGGUCCUCCGCCAGGAGGGCUGGGCGUAGUACAGGGCGUGCAGCGUGGGGCUGUCCAGGGCCCCCAUGUCCCGCCGGCCUGCUGCCCAACCGGGGAUGUGCCGGUGACCUUCCCCUGCGGCAGCAGCCUCAGGGCGGUGCUGGGGCGCAGAACCAGGAUUUCCUGUGUCCAGGGCCUGUCCGACGUCCACCUGUCCUCUGCAGCUCCGUGCCUCAGUUUCCCCUCACUGCAGCAGGGUUUGGGGAAAAGAGGGGCCGUGCACAGUCGUGUGGCGCUCACCGCGGGCCCUGUGCGUGCUCGGUGGGUGACUGGUACCCAGACACUACUUUUUACUGUCCUUAGGUUUGCUGCCCAGACUACUACUGAGCUUAUUUUUUAAAUUAAAAUAAUCAUAAUAAAUAUUCCUCAUGCCCUGUC